GUCCAGACUGAUUGUUAGAAACUUGUCGUUUAAAUGCACAGAAGGUCUGUUGCGAGAAGUGUUUUCCCAAUAAAAAAAGAAAGUAGUGGUUCAUGUUCCCAUGGAUACUAACCAAAAAAAAAACAAAGGUUUUGCUUUUGUGCAGUUUUCUGAUGAAAAAAAUGCUGCAAAGGCUAUGAAAGAAAUGAAUCUUAAGGAAAAAAAUGGUCGUCCUAUUGCUGUAGACUGGGCUCUUUCCAAAAAAAAAUAUGAUCUUAUGCAGGUUUCAAAAGAAGAACAGGCAACUCAAAAAAAAGACAUUGUGGAAGAUGAUGAAAACAAUGCACAGAAAAAAAAUGAAGAUGAAUGGAAGGAAGAUGAAGAGAAAGAAGAAAAAAAAAGGGAUAAAGUAGAGAAACAUGGGGAAAAAGAGAAAAAAAAUGAGGGUGACGGGGAAAAAGAGAAUGAUGAUGAGGAAAAAAAGGAAGAAGAGAGUGAUGAUGAGGAUGACAGCAAGAAAAAAAAUGACCUUGAUGAUACUGAUGAAGAAAACAAUGACAAAAAAAAGUCAGCUAAAAAAACAUCAGAUGUGAAGGAGGGAUAAAAAAAUUUCAUCCGAAAUGUGAAUUAUGAUACAACUGAAAAAAAAAAUUACAAGUUGUUCAAAAAGUAUGGCGAUAUAUCUUAAAAAAAGAUUGUCACUGACCCAGUCACAGACCAUAGCAAAGAAAAAAAUUUUGUUAAAUUUAAAUUGUUAGAAAGUGUAGAUCAAAAAAAGGCUGAUAGCAGUAUUGAUAGCAGUGUGUUUGUUCUAGAUGGACAUAAACUUCAAGAAAAAAAAGCUGUAACACGAGGCAAGGCAUCGCAACUGAGACAAAAAAAAAAAGAUGACAAGAAAGAGCCAAAAGACAAAAGAAAAAAAAACUUGGCUCGUGAAGGUGUAAUAAACGCAGGAUCAGAAAAAAACAAAGRUCUCAAUAAAGCUGAUUUACUCAAACGUCAAAAAAAAGAGGCAGAAAAGAAGAUUAAACUUCAGAAUCCAAAAAAAAAUGUCUCAACGACAAGACUCUGCGUGCGUAAUUUACCGUUAACUCUUACUGAACUAGAGUUAAAGAAAGUGUUUGGUAAAAAAAAUACAGGGUCUUCUGAGAAACCUGAUGUUAAGAAAGAAAAAAACAUGCGCAGUAAAGAUCGAUUUGAUAGCACAGGAAAGGGACGUUCUUUGGGUUUUGCUUUUAUAGAAUUUACUAACCAAAAAAACGCACUCACGGCCUUGCGAUCAACUAAUAACAAUCAAAAAAAAUUUGGACCAAAUCGAAGACCUAUCGUUGAAUUUUAAAAAAAAAACAGCCUCGCCUUGAAAGCGAGGCAGCAGAGAGAAAAAAAAUGUAAAUCCAAACAGAGUCAAACACCAGGAGGGGAGGGCAAAGCUAAGACAAAUAAAGAACAACGACAGGAAAAGGUAAUGCGGAGGAGAGAAAAGAGGAAACAACGAAGRAAUAAAAAAAAAAAGGAAAAUCAAGAAAAGGCGUCCAAAAAUUCAAUAGUACAACAAAGUAACAAAGAAGGUAAAGUUAAUACAAAGAAAUAA